AUGCGUGAGCAAAAGAAGAAACUUGUUGAUCUGAAAGGAGAAGGAUACACAUUUCAGUCAUACUGCAUCCUUACCACCGAUGAUAUUCUACUCGAAGUUGUACAAACUUCUAAAGUAAACUGCUAUUAUCUGUUAUCUUAUGGUCUUUCACUAACCAUUGUAGCCAUAUCAUUGGCUAUUGAUCCUAGCACCUAUACACAAAAUGAUUUUUGCAUUUUGAUGGACUCUAAUGCAUUGUUUUACUCGACCUUUGUAGCGCCUGUGCUUCUUUUCUUUUUGAGUGCUCUGAUUUAUACGUGCUUGUCAUGGCUUGUAAUGUAUCGUAAGAGUCGUUCAGCCCUAAAAAAUAAAGAACAUUCACGCCUAUCUAACAUUCGGUUUGAUAUACGCUGCUCGUUUAUAUUUUUGUUGUUGUUAAGCUCAGUUUGGAUCUCUGCUUACAAUUAUUUGCGUCGUGCAAAACUCGAAGCAGAAAAUGCAAUUAUUUUUGGUUAUUUAUUUAUUGGCUUCAAUACGCUUAUGGGUCUCUAUAUCUUCGUAUUUCAUUGCAUACAAAACGAAAAGAUCCGUCGAGAAUAUCGAAAGUAUGUUCGCCAAAACUCUUGGUUACCUAAAUGUCUACGUUGUUCCAAAACGUCAAUUUCGUCUGGAAUUGUUGGUAAUAGUGCUGGUAUUGGGGUAGGAACUAAUAUCGGUAACACUACAUCUAGUAAUAGUGGCGGCAGUGCCACAUCGAAUACCCAAAUAAAAAGCUCAAAAUUACCAGAUGAAAGAAAUGAGAUUGAUGACACAGGUGGUGCUAUAUCGGCUUGUGAAGAUGCAAUUGUACCAUCAUCCGAUUGCGAAUUAAAUGAAAAUAAACCGCAACGCAAUAUUGGUGCAAGUGGUAGUGGUGGUACUAUCAAAAGCGGUAUAUUAGCUGGCAAUUUAGUGUUUCCACAUGGUAAGUGUAAUGCCGUUUUCGAUCCUGUCCAAGGUCAUAUAGUACUUGAACGUGGUGGUGGUGGUGUUCCAACUGGUUCAUUGCGUUACACUGGCGGCAGUGUACAUACACCCAGUGCUGGCCACACUUCUCCAACAUCAUCUGCCGGUUCCACACACUUAAUUUUUGGACAUGGACAUAAACAACAACCAGUCGGUAGCAGUGUUAGUAGCAACAGUGUCCCUACUCAAGAAAGUUUUUAUCAUCAACCGGAUUAUGAAAGUUGGAAGCAGCCUAUUAAUAGAGGAAUACCGCAACAACACCGUGAUUAUAUUGCAGGUGAAAAUUCACCACAACAAACUCAUGAAUUCUUCUACUGGACACAAAAACAUAGUCAACAAGGUAAGAAGAAACGUGGAGGCGGUGGAAAUUCUGAUUCUCCAAGUGGUUCGCUGCAUAGUCGCACAACAGCUGCAUCACAGUAUCAACAUUAUGCAGAACCAGGUGAGCCCACGGCUUAUAUGCAUCACCAACCGCAAGUACAACAAAAACAACAACGUCGGUACCCAACUGUUGGUCCUCAACACCAACAUAUGAAGCAACAAUAUAAUACAAUUCAGCAACAGCAGCUAUCAUCUGAUGAGGAGCAUAUUGAACCAGCUGCACAUGCACACCUAUUACAUUUUAACCGUCGUGGAGCUCCAGAACCUCACAAGUUGGGAACACCAGCAGAUUUUAAUGGUGUACAUAUAAAUUCAUAUGUGCAAGGACAGCGCUUUAUUAAAGGCAAACAUUCCAACUGUGAUUUAAAUAAGGAUUAUGAUUCAGGACGUGUAAGUGAAACAUACUAUAAUCAAAGUUCCAUUAGUGGUGAUGGGCCAGUGUAUGAAGAAAUACUAAGCAAUCGCAAUUCUGAUGUUCAACACUAUGACAUUGAUGGUGAUGAUGACUAUGAAGGUCCAGGUACUGAAAGGUUGCAUAUGCAAAAUAAUGAUGACUAUGAGGACGAUGAAGAUGAAAGCAUGUGUGAUGAAGAUAAUGAUGAGGAUGAUAAUAGUAUGCAUAUGAAUGAUGCUAUGUCUUUACAGCAUAGCGAUGAACGUAUGCGUCGCUUAUUAGUAUUGCAGGAUGAAGAUUUUCAAAGACGUUUUCGACGUCAGCAGCAAAAAAAUUCUAUUAAUUCUGAUACUAAGGUAACUGCUGGUUAUAAUGACGGUGAUCAACGUACACCACCUCAAAAACAUCAACAACCGAAUUUGAUAUUCGGAGUAACUGGUGUGAAUACAGCUGGUGGAUCUGUACGUAGCUUUAAAAAGACUUCACCUAAUAAACGUUUGGACUUUUUACAAAGCAAACGAAAAUAA